AUGACAAAGUCCAGUUUUCAACGAUGCCAAAAUCAAAUGACUGCUUGUUUUCUGUGGAUAGUUUGUUUUUUGAAAACCCAGAUGAAGUUGAAAACUAUCCAGAAAAUGAAAAAUCAUUGGAUUGGUUUCUCCCUCCUCCUCCAUUGAUUUCAGAAAUUCCAAAUACUCAGGAGUUAGAGGAGGAAAUAGAAAGUCAUAAACUUCUAGGUCAGGAAAAGAGUCCAAAAAUGUUAACAUCCAAUUUAAAGAAUACUAAUGAAGACAUACAUUAUAUUUCACCAACACAAGAUUUCCAAUUUCCCUCUUAUAAAUAUGAAUAUGAUUAUCUAAAUUUAGGAGUAACAGGUAUCAAUGACUUAUCACAUGUUGCUGGCAAACUGACAUAUGGUUCUUCUCAGAAAUAUAAAAACCACAUGAGCACCAAGAUAGCACCUGAGGAAAAUGUUCCUGAUGAUACAAAAUUAGGUAACCUUGUAGAGAAAAAGGAAGAGAGUAUUCCAGCAUUUCGAAAAAGAUUAUUUAAAAUAUGUGACAAUAUGCAUGGAGGUGCUUAUUCUAAUAACAGUGAAAACUUGAAUUCUCCAGUUGACUCAGUGAAAAUUGUCCAAACAGAAAUGAACAAAGGGAAAUCAUGGAACUGUAGCAAUAAUAAGCAAAAACCUCAAUCAAACAUGUUUAUAGCAAAUGAUGCUUUUUCAUCAUCUAAAAUUGGAGAUGACAUAUUCAAAGUACCAUCAUUUUCACUUGCAUCCCAACCUCAUGAUAUUCAAGGGGUAACCAAAAGUGGUUUAGGUUCCUUGAAGGCUGUCACAGAAAUCCCGGCAAAAUUUAGAAGUAUUUUCAAAGAAUUCCCAUAUUUCAACUAUAUACAGUCCAAAGCCUUUGAUGAUCUUCUUUACACAGAUAGAAAUUUUGUAAUUUGUGCUCCAACUGGUUCUGGGAAAACUGUAAUGUUUGAACUAGCUAUAACAAGAUUGUUAAUGGAAGUACCAUUGCCAUGGUUGAACAUUAAAAUUGUUUACAUGGCACCAAUAAAAGCCCUGUGUAGUCAGCGUUUUGAAGACUGGAAAGAAAAAUUUGGACCAUUUGGUUUGAAUUGUAAAGAACUCACUGGAGAUACAGUUAUGGAUGACCUAUUUGAGAUUCAGCAUGCCCAUAUUAUUAUGACAACUCCAGAGAAAUGGGAUAGCUUGACUAGGAAAUGGAGAGACAACUCUUUGGUCCAACUGGUGCGACUAUUUCUCAUUGAUGAGGUACAUGUUGUAAAAGAUGAAAAUCGUGGUCCAACUCUUGAAGUUGUAGUCAGCAGAAUGAAAACUGUACAGUCUUUAUCUCAAUCUUUAGAAAAUACAAGUACUCUUAUCCCAAUGAGAUUUGUAGCUGUAUCUGCAACAAUUCCAAAUGCUGAGGAUAUUGCAGAAUGGAUUUCAGAUGGUGAAAGACCUGCUGUAUGUCUGAAAAUGGAUGAGAGCCACAGACCUGUGAAACUUCGGAAAGUGGUCCUGGGAUUUCCUUGCAGUAGUAACCAAACUGAAUUUAAGUUUGAUUUAACUCUCAACUACAAAAUUGCCAGUGUUAUACAAACAUACUCUGAUCAGAAGCCCACACUUGUGUUUUGUGCAACUAGGAAAGGUGUGCAACAGGCUGCUUCUAUUCUUGUGAAAGAUGCUAAAUUUAUUAUGACUGUGGAACAGAAACAAAGGUUACAGAAGUGUGCCUAUUCCAUAAGAGAUUCAAAACUGAGAGAUAUCCUAAUUCAUGGAGUUGCUUAUCAUCAUGCUGGUAUGGAGCUGUCAGAUAGAAAAGUAGUUGAAGGAGCUUUCACUACUGGAGAUCUACCAGUUCUUUUUACUACCAGUACUUUAGCUAUGGGAGUAAACUUGCCUGCUCACCUAGUAGUCAUAAAAUCUACAAUGCAUUAUGCUGGAGGGAUGUUUGAAGAAUACAGUGAAACAGAUAUUCUACAAAUGAUUGGUAGAGCUGGACGUCCUCAAUUUGACUCAACAGCUACAGCAGUUAUUAUGACUCGGUUAAAUACAAGAGAGAAGUACAUUCAGAUGUUAGCUUGUAGUGACACUGUAGAAAGCAGUUUGCACAGACAUCUUAUUGAACAUUUAAAUGCAGAGAUAGUGUUGCAUACCAUCACAGAUGUGAAUAUUGCUUUGGAAUGGAUACGAUCAACCUUGCUUUAUAUCAGAGCCUUGAAAAACCCAUCUCAUUAUGGUUUUACAUCUGGAUUGAACAAAGAUGGAAUUGAAGCAAAAUUACAAGAAUUGUGUUUGAGGAAUCUGAAUGAUUUAUCAUCUCUUGACUUGAUAAAAAUGAAUGAAGAUGUAAAUUUCAAACCAACAGAGGCAGGAAGAUUGAUGGCUUGGUAUUAUAUUACAUUUGAAACAGUGAAGAAAUUUUGUACAAUCGGUGGAAAAGAAUCUUUAUCUGAUCUGGUUGCAAUGAUAUCUAGCUGCAGUGAAUUUCUAGAUGUGCAGUUAAGGAUAAAUGAAAAGAAAAUACUGAAUACUUUGAACAAAGAUCCAAAUCGGGUAACCAUCAGAUUUCCAAUGGAAGGGAGAAUUAAAACAAGGGAAAUGAAAGUAAAUUGUCUUAUACAGGCUCAAUUAGGAUGUAUUCCCAUACAAGAUUUUGCUUUGACACAAGACACCUCAAAGAUUUUCAGAAAUGGCUCACGAAUUACAAGAUGGUUGUCAGAUUUUGUGGCUGCUCAGGAAAAGAAGUUUGCCGUACUGCUGAAUAGUUUGAUUUUAGCUAAAUGUUUUAGAUGCAAACUUUGGGAAAACUCUCUGCAUGUAUCCAAACAGCUAGAAAAAAUUGGUAUAACAUUGUCAAAUACCAUGGUAAAUGCAGGUUUGACCUCCUUUAAAAAAAUAGAAGAAACAGAUGCAAGGGAACUUGAACUGAUUUUAAAUAGACACCCCCCUUUUGGAACCCAAAUAAAAGAAGCUGUGAUGUAUCUGCCAAAAUAUGAACUUGAAGUAGAACAGAUUACAAGAUACAGUGAUACUGUCGCUGAAAUAUUAGUGACCAUUAUAUUAAGGAACUUUGAACAGCUACAAAAUAAAAGAACAGCACCAGAUUCUCACUAUGCUACCUUAAUCAUAGGUGAUGCAGACAAUCAAGUGGUUUUUAAGCACAGAAUUAUGGAUUCUGCUUUGCUCAAAACUGGAAAUUGGACUAAAAAGAUUGAUGUAAAGAGAGCUCUUAUGUCUGAAGAUCUUAGCAUAAAUCUAAUUAGUUCUGAGUUUGUUGGACUUGAUAUUCAGCAGAAAUUUACAGUCUUUUACUUAGGACCUAAGAGGUUUGGAAAUCAAAUAAUUAUACAAAGAAAAUCAGAAACAGAGAUUUCUCAUUCUAAAUAUCCAGCUAGAUCUACUGUAGCAGGACCUAAUAAAGGAAUAACUGCCUGCAAAAAACCUGGAAACCGAGAAUGCAAUCAUCAUUGUAAAAAUAAACAUAUGUGUGGCCAUGACUGCUGUAAAACUGGAGUUGCACAGAAGUCAGAAAUUAAAGAACCAACAAUUUCUUCGUAUUUAUCUGAUUUAAGAAACAGGAAUGCUAUUUCAUCUCUUCCUCCAGUUAAACGUCUCAAGGUACAGAUGAAUAAAUCUCAAAGUGUGAACUUUAAAGAGUUUGGUUUUACUCCCAAACCUUCCCUUCCUAUUUUAUCAAGAUCAGAAUAUUUGAACAUACCUGAAGUGCCUGUAAUGGAGCAAUGUGAUCAACAUGAAAUUCUUGGGAAAGUUCAACAAGAGCCAUCUGAAUAUCAAGACAAAAAAGUUUUGAAUGUGAACUUUGAAUUGGGAAAUGAAGUUUGGGAUGAUUUUGAUGAUGAAAACUUAAUAGAAGUUACUAGCUUUUCAAUUGAUACUGAGAAUACUGAGAAUGCAAAGAUAUCAGGAUCUGGAAACACUUUGAUUUCAAGUACCAGAGGAAGUAAGCUACCUCUCCAACAGUCAAAGAGCAAAUUCCAAAGAGAAAUGUCAAACAGUUUUGUUUCAUCAUAUGAGAAGCCAGCCAUUUAUUUGUCAAAUUCUGCUACAUCCAAGUUUGAUACAUCUUCCAUGACACAAUUAUCUCAACAAGCUGGAAAUGCAAAUAUUGACCAUUUACAGGAAAGAAAACAGCAAUGUUUGUCACCAGAGAUUGAGAAACUGUGCUUUACUCAUUCCAAAAAUAUAUCAGAUUCUUCAAAUUUCAAGAAAGUAGAUUUUUUUUUUAGAAAUAGUGAACCUGUAAAGGAAAUUGAUUCCAGUAGGUAUCAUCCUAAUGAUGAAGCUGAUGAAAUGAAGUCUUUUCUGGGAAUAUUUGAUGGCAUUUUCUAAAACAAACAAAAAAUGUUCCUUAUUAAUGCAAAAAAAGUAUAAAGAUACCUAGUCACACAAGCAUGACUUUUUAUUUUUUGUGCUUCAUAUUUUUAAAAAGUAGUUCAUAAUGUUCAGAUUUUUUCUUUUAAAUAUGAUCAAUUUUGUUGACUUUUUUUGCAACAAAAUAUAUAGUU